UGAACUGUCAAUUUGACGUCCAAGACCGAUCACGGUGGCAGCAGAAUGAUGGUCAGGGCAGUGUUUUGAUUGCGGCAUGACAGUGAUAAGGAAUUUUGCCGAUCAGUUUCCAUAGCAUCGAUUUCUCUAACGAAAGGACAGUGACAAAGGAGCAGACUGCGCCAUGGAAAUGCAGCAUGAUUUGCACGAACCGGUUAAUCCGAACAAGACGUUAGCGGAUAUGACUCCUGAGGAGCGGAUGAGGUACGAGCACCAGAAGCUGCACGAGAAGCACAAAGGUCAUGAGGCGAUGCACUCGGAGAUGGUCCUGGUCCUUCUGGUCACCCUCAUUGUCGCUCAAAUAGUUCUAGUCGAGUGGAAGAAGCGUCACUACAAAUCAUACUCGAUGACCUCACUGAUCGCCCUCUGGAUCAUUCCAUUAAUAAUCGCUGUGAAAAACUACUGGUUCAGGUUCGUGUUUUGCUGGGCUAUUUUGACAGUCAUUACGGCAUUUGUGAUGUGGAAAGCGAGUGAGAAACCUAUAAAGGGUACGACUCCGAGACUAGUCUACAAAUGGUUCUACCUUAUUUAUAAAUUAAGUUACGGAUUAGGGAUAAUCGGCUACAUCAUAAUGAUGGCGACAUUUUCCGGCUUGAAUUUCAUUUUCAAUCAGGCGCCGAACGUUUGGAUGGACGUCGGCGGCUUGUUCGUGUUCUACGGGUUGUAUUUUGGCGUUCUCGGCCGCGAUGUGUCCGCAAUUUGUACAGAUAAGAUGGCAGCCCACAUAGGGUAUUAUUCGCCGCAAGGAAUGCCGACACGAAGCUUAGAGAGUAAUAUAUGCGCGGUGUGUGGGAACCACAUCAUAGUUAGUGAAAACGAGGAAGGAGUCAUAGAGAAUACUUACAAAUUGUCCUGCAAUCAUGUUUUUCAUGAGUUCUGCAUUCGUGGCUGGUGCAUAGUGGGCAAGAAGCAAACCUGCCCGUACUGUAAGGAGAAGGUUGACUUGAAGAAGAUGUUCAAGAAUCCAUGGGAGCGGCCCCACGUGCUGUAUGGCCGCCUUUUGGAUUGGAUCCUUUGGCUAGUCGCGUGGAUACCUCUAAUUUUCUUUCUAGUUCAAGGAAUCAAUUGGGCUUUAGGCCUGGAGUAGGGAACGGGUUUCGUAUGGGUUCAUUUCACCUUAAGGAUCUAUUUCAUCGCGUCCUUCGUCUUGCUAUAUUGGCUUGAGGGUGAAUGGCGAACAACGGAAAGAAUAAUUAUUGAGAUUUUAUGGGAGACGGGGGAAACUGAGCACACAUCCAAAAAUUCAACAGAACAAAAAGACACCCGAAACGAAGCGAUAAGACAACAGAUAAAAUCUAGGGACGUGCGCCCACGAGAACGAGGGAUGACAAUUGAUUUAGAUUUUUUCUUUAUUAAGUGAAAAACAAAUUCAAUAUUAAAGUAACAUUUCUAUCGUGUAGAAUACUUUCGUAGUUUUUAUCCAACAUCAAACAACAAUGCCAUCAUCCUGCAACUUGCCCAAUGGACGCAUAUCUCCGCCAACAACGAAUACUGUGCUAUCUUUUUUCUUUUGUAUAGACGUGUGUAAGGCGAAUGUAAAAAUUCUGUGGUAUUUAUCAUUUUCCGUUCAAAUAUAAUUUUGCCAAC